UUAGUGCUGUUUGACAUGGAAAACGCGUAUUUUUAUGGCGAUUGGCCAGCAGCUGUUACGCGAACGAGAGAGAAUAGUCGAAACCGAAAGCCGUCGAAAUGUUGCGUACAUUAUCACGCGUUAGCGAAUUGCCAAUUGUUGUAAGGCAAUUGCAAAAAAAUGCAGCACAGGCUGGUGUCGCAAAGACCAACAACUAUGCCACGGAAGCGACCGUGCAGGUGAAUCGACCAUUCAAGCUGCAUCGUUUGGACGAGGGACCCGAGACCACAGUGCAACUGACCAAGGAUGAGGCGCUCAAAUACUACACACAAAUGCAGACGAUACGUCGCAUUGAGACCGCUGCCGGCAAUCUGUACAAGGAGAAGAUCAUUCGUGGUUUCUGUCAUCUGUAUUCGGGCCAAGAAGCCUGUGCCGUUGGCAUGAAGGCCGCCAUGCGUGAUGUCGACAACAUCAUCUCGGCCUAUCGCGUCCACGGCUGGACCUAUCUGAUGGGUGUCUCGCCACUGGGCGUCCUCGCCGAAUUGACUGGCAUGCAGAGCGGCUGUGCUCGCGGCAAGGGCGGCUCCAUGCACAUGUAUUCCCCCAAUUUCUAUGGCGGCAACGGCAUCGUUGGUGCCCAGGUGCCAUUGGGCGCUGGCGUUGGUCUCGCCUGCAAGUACAAGGGCAACGGUGGCAUGUGCUUGGCCCUCUAUGGUGAUGGUGCUGCUAACCAGGGCCAGGUAUUUGAGGCCUACAACAUGGCCUAUCUGUGGAAGUUGCCCGUCAUCUUUGUCUGCGAGAACAACAACUAUGGCAUGGGCACCAGCGCGGAGCGUGCUUCGUGCAACACGGACUACUACACGCGUGGCGAUGCUCUGCCCGGCAUUUGGGUCGAUGGCAUGGAUGUGCUGGCUGUGCGCAGUGCCACAGAGUUUGCCAUCAAGUAUGUGAACACGCAUGGACCGCUGGUGAUGGAAACGAAUACUUAUAGAUAUUCGGGUCAUUCCAUGUCCGAUCCGGGAACCUCGUAUCGUACACGCGAGGAAAUCCAGGAGGUGCGUCAGAAGCGUGAUCCCAUCACAUCCUUCAAGGAGCUGUGCAUUGAGCUGGGUCUCAUUACCACCGAUGAGAUUAAGGCCAUCGACAUGAAGGUGCGCAAGGAGGUGGAUGAGGCCACCGCAAUUGCCAAGACCGAUAGCGAGCUGCCAUUGCCCCAUCUGUGGACCGAUGUCUACUCGAACAACUUGGAGCGCAAGAUUCGCGGCACUAUUGCCUAUGAUAUUGAUCACAUCCAGGAGCGCAAGGGUGUCAAUCAUUAAACAAUGAUUUUACAACGAUUUGAUCAACCCAAACACACAUACACAUUUAAUACACACACACACACAAAGAUAACAAGCGAAAUCUCUAGAUGUUAAGCCCAAAAAGUGAAAGUUAGAAAAUUUUUGUUUAUGCGAUAUGCUUAAUUCUGUAGAGCUUCGUGUAAACACACGUAAACACACACAUACACAUAGACACACGCGAAAAAGACACAAAAUAACGUAGCUAACCACGAAUAUGGAUACUCUUUCUACCCAUACCCAUAAUCGACAUACACAAUCAACACUCAACAUGGGCCAGGGCCAGUGGCAAAUAGCAACAGUAAAAGCAACGGAUAUUAUUGCAUAUGAACGUGUUCAAUAUGGUUUAAAGCGAGGUGUAAAUUUGUUGAAAUAUAAACUACAAACAUAA